CAUUAUUAAGGGAAACCAUAUUGGCUUGGCUUGAGCAAAUAUCUCCCCUACGUCUUGCUCCGGCAGGUUUUUCUUGCCGAAAGCAGGACUAAGUAGUUUUGGUGAUUGACAAUUAUAGACCAGGCCAAGCAAGCAAUUAUAGACCCAGGCCUAGCUACCAAUCAAUACAGUGACAGCCAGGGGCAGCUAGUACAAAAUUAAGGAAAGGCAAACAAAUCUUAAAAUGUCUCAAUUACAUGUUGGAAUCGAUGUUGGGUCAUUGACAUCUUCAUUACUAGGUAAGAUGUCCCAAAGUCCAAGCAUGUCUUCUCGGUGCUGCAUCUUCAAAACCCCCCAAAUACUCAAAAGGCAUAAUGAGAAAGCUUACAUCCCGGAUGCAUUUUCAAUUGGACCCUUCCAUCAUGCCAAAGCAAGCCUGAAAGACGCGGAAGAAGUUAAACUCAAGUAUCUUCAAGCCCUUAUUAAUAGAUCUCCAAAUCCGACUCAAAAGCUAGGUGAGAUGAUAAAAUACAUUGCAGAGGUUGAAGGGGAGGCUCGUGGUUGUUAUGCCCCACCAAUUGGCCAUACCAGUAAUGAAUUUGUGGAGAUCUUGGUACUCGAUGGUUGCUUCAUAAUUGAGUUGUUCCGAAGACACACAAACAAGGGGCUUAGAGAUACGGACGACCCUGUAUUCACCAUGUCUUUUAUGCUCCAACUUCUUUACCAUGACUUGUGUUUGCUGGAAAACCAAAUGCCUUGGUUUGUGCUUGAGCGCCUCUUCCACAUGACCAGCCUGCAUCCUGCAAACAUUUCCCUGGUUCAACUUGCCCUUAAAUUCUUCGAUUGCAUAUUCCAAUCAAUACCAUUAUCCUCGAAAAAGAGUCUGGAGCACCUGAACCUCCAUGAAAGCAAGCAUAUCCUUGACCUACUAAGGAAUUCACUGAUUUUCACAACUACAAGAAGUGAGGGUGAAACUUUUGGGUGGCAACCACUUCCUUCUGCAAGGAUUUUGGAAGAGGCCGGAAUCACGUUCACGAGAGUAAAGUCAAGUAACAUCCUGGACAUCAAAUUUCACAAUGGUGUGCUAGAAAUCCCACCUCUAUUGAUUCAGGAAACCACAGAAACUGUCUUUCGAAACCUUAUAUGUUUCGAACAGUGUCAACCAGAUUGCAGACCCGUGAUCACUUCUUACGCUAUACUCUUUGACAACCUCAUUAACACUGCCAAGGAUGUUAAUAUACUCUUAGAGAAAGGGAUUAUAGAUAACUGGUUGAAUCUGGAGGAUGCAACUCGAUUCUUCAACAAGCUUUACCUGGAUACCUAUGUCAAAGAGUACUAUUUUUUGGAGUUUAACAAGCAAAUAAACAGCUACUGCAACGGCUACUGGCCCAGACUGCGCGCAUACUUAGUGCGGAAUUAUAUAUUAUCCCCAAUGGGUAUUGUUUCUCAAGUUGCUGCCUUUAUUCUCAAUAGUUGUACCGUCGUACAAACCUUCUUCAAGAAGUAGACUUUCUUUCCGAUCAAGACUAGCAUUAUCAUCUUUACAUGUUCAUGAUGAAAAAAAAUAUGUAUUUACUUAAAAUG